UGAAGAACGGAUUAUUUAUAUUGCUGGUGAUUGUGUCGACUUUACAUGCCAGGCCGACGGAACCGAGAGCUGACAUGGACGAUUCUGAAUUCGAUAAGAAUGAGUCUUCACGAAGUAUUGAACCUGUACAGCAAAAAGAGGGAGAAGAGUUUGUUACAGAACAACAUAGGGAGAGUGAGCACCACUCACACAGCGAACAUCAUAGCUCUUCUUCCUCCGCUAGUCCUCCGUCAGUCUCAGGAAACUAUUCACAAUCAAGUUCUGAUUAUUCGGAACCUCAGAAUAGCGAGCAUUCGAGUUCUAGCUCAAGUUCUAGCUCAUCUUCCACUAAAAGUUCUCCAUCGUUUUCAAGAAACGGACAAAAUAGAAGUUCGCAGACAAGUUCUGACUUCUCGAAAUCUGAACACGAUGAGGAACAAACUGUAACCCCCUUAAGCUCAUCAUCAAAUUCAAGUUCCUCAUCGACCUCAGAAAAUGAACGAUCAAGUUCCGAUGUUUCUAAGCCUGUGACUAGUGAGCAAUCAACUUUAAAUUUUUCAAAAUCUGAACGCGAUGAGGAACAAACCGCCACCUCCUCAAGCUCAUCAUCAAGUUCCUCAUCGACCUCAGAAAAUGAACGAUCAAGUUCUAACUUUUCUAAAUCUGCGAACACUGAGCAAUCAACUUCUGAAUACUCAAAAUCUGAAAACAGAGAGCCCCAAACUGUCGACCACUCUAGCUCAUCUUCCAGUCCAAGUUCCUCAUCGACUUCGGAAAAUGAACGAUCAAGUUCUAACUUUUCUAAAUCUGCGAACACUGAGCAAUCAACUUCUGACUACUCAAAAUCUGCAAACAGAGAGCCCCAAACUGUCGACCACUCUAGCUCAUCUUCCAGUUCAAGUUCCUCAUCGACUUCGGAAAAUGAACGAUCAAGUUCUAACUUUUCUAAAUCUGCGAACACUGAGCAAUCAACUUCUGACUACUCAAAAUCUGAAAUCAGAGAGCCCCAAACUGUCGACCACUCUAGCUCAUCUUCCAGUUCAAGUUCCUCAUCGACUUCAGAAAAUGAACGAUCAAGUUCUAACUUUUCUAAAUCUGCGAACACUGAGCAAUCAAGUUCUGACUACUCAAAAACAGCAAACAGAGAGCCCCAAACUGUCGACCACUCUAGCUCAUCUUCCAGUUCAAGUUCCUCUUCGUCUUCUGUGACCGCAGACUCGCUAUCAAGCUCUGAAUUUCCAACAUCUCCUAGCGUUGAGCGAUCGAGUUCUGACUUUUCAAAAUCUGUACAAAAUGUCAACCAUACUAGUGGCAACUCUAGCUCAUCCCCCAUUACGAGUUCACCAUCUUCCACUGAAAUAGAGCAAUCAGAGGAACAAGAACAUAGUGGAGAUUCAAACAUUCUCGGAGCUGAUGAAUCAGAGGACCACCAAGAGUCGAAUGAACACGGAGCUGAUGAAUCAGAGGACCACCAGGAGUCAAAUGAACACGGAGCUGAUGAAUCAGAGGACCACCAGGAGUCGAAUGAUUACGGAAAUGAUAAAUCAGAGGACCACCAAGAUUUCAACCAUACUAGUGGCAACUCUAGCUCAUCUCCCAUUACGAGUUCACCAUCUUCCACUGAAAUAGAGCAAUCAGAGGAACAAGAACAUAGUGGAGAGUCGAACAUUCUCGGAGCUGAUGAAUCAGAGGACCACCAAGACUCGAAUGAACACGGAGCUGAUGAAUCAGAGGACCACCAAGAUUUCAACCAUACUAGUGGCAACUCUAGCUCAUCUCCCAUUACGAGUUCACCAUCUUCCACUGAAAUAGAGCAAUCAGAGGAACAAGAUCAUAGUGGAGAGUCAAACAUUCUCGAAGCUGAUGAAUCAGAGGACCACCAGAAGUCAAAUGAUUACGGAGCUGACGAAUCAGAGGACCACCAGGAGUCAAAUGAUUACGGAGCUGAUGAAUCAGAGGACCACCAGGAGUCAAAUGAUUACGGAAAUGAUGAAUCAGAGGACCACCAAGAUUUCAACCAUACUAGUGGCAACUCUAGCUCAUCUCCCAUUACGAGUUCACCAUCUUCCACUGAAAUAGAGCAAUCAGAGGAACAAGAACAUAGUGGAGAGUCAAAUAUUCUCGGAGCUGAUGAAUCAGAGGACCACCAAGACUCGAAUAAACACGGAGCUGAUGAAUCAGAGGACCACCAAGAGUCGAAUGAACACGGAGCUGAUGAAUCAGAGGACUACCAAGAGUCGAAUGAACACGGAGCUGAUGAAUCAGAAGACCACCAUAAGUUAAAUGAUUACGGAGCUGAUGAAUCAGAGGACCAACAGGAGUCAAAUGAACACGGAGCUGAUGAAUCAGAGGACCAACAGGAGUCAAUUGGUGAAUCAGAGGACUACCAAGAGUCGAAUGAACACGGAGCUGAUGAAUCAGAAGACCACCAAGAGUCGAAUGAACACGGAGCUGAUGAAUCACAUGAUCAUUUGUGGGAGUCAAAUAGACAAGAAAAUGAUGAAUCCGAGGGAAGUUCAGAUGAGUGGAACGGAGAAGGAAAUGAUCAAUCGCAAGAACAAGAAAAUGAUGAUUCAGAGAAAAAUCCGGCAGAUUGGAACGAAGGACUCGGAUCAGAUGAUCUAUAA